GUAUUUUGGAAAAAAGUUCCCAGGUGUUCUUGAUACAACUAUCCUAAAUGACUAAAGACAUGAAGAUUAUAAAUUUAAGAAAUUACUCUUAAGGAAAUUUGGUAGCCUGGGAGAUGAAUAUACAAGGUCUUUACUUACAAGAAGUCCCCAAUUUAGUGAGGGAAACAAGUAAUCAACUAAAUGCAGUACAAUAUUGUGAAAGGUGUACCAAAAGAAAUAUAGACAAAUUGCUGACCGUUCUGUGAAGUCGUGGUAAAUGUUGAUCAGAGGAAUUAAGGAAGACAUCACAGAAAGUAUGACAUUUGAGUAUGGAAACUUCAUUGAUAACCUCAGACUCUUCACUAAGGGAGGAAGUGGCGGAAUGGGCUAUCCUCGAUUAGGUGGAGAAGGUGGAAAAGGUGGUGACGUCUGGGUUGUAGCUGAAAAAAAAAUUACUUUAAAACAACUUAAAGACAAAUAUCCUCAGAAACGGUUUGUGGCUGGAGGAGGAACAAACAGUCGGGUUAGUGCGUUGAAAGGCUCCAAAGGAAAAGACUGUGAAAUUCCUGUACCUGUUGGUAUUUCUGUAACUGAUGAAAAUGGUAAAAUUAUAGGAGAGCUCAAUAAAGAGAAAGAAAGAAUUUUGGUAGCUGAAGGAGGUCUUGGUGGCAAAUUACUUACAAAUUUCUUACCAUUGAAAGGCCAGAAACGAAUAAUUCACCUUGAUCUAAAACUUAUAGCUGAUGUAGGCCUAGUGGGAUUCCCAAAUGCUGGAAAAUCCUCUUUGCUAAGUCAGAUUUCUCAUGCAAAACCUGUGAUUGCAGAUUAUGCCUUUACAACCUUAAAGCCUGAACUUGGAAAAAUUAUGUACCAGGAUUUCAAACAGAUAUCAGUAGCUGAUCUUCCCGGUUUAAUAGAAGGAGCACAUAUGAACAAAGGAAUGGGUCACAAAUUCCUCAAGCAUAUAGAAAGAACUAGACAACUACUUUUUGUUGUUGAUAUUUCUGGAUUUCAGCUUUCUUCCCAAACACAAUACAGAACUGCUUUUGAAACCAUAACACUGCUUACAAAAGAAUUGGAGUUGUAUAAAGAAGAGCUUCAGACAAAACCUGCACUACUGGCAGUUAAUAAAAUGGAUUUGCCAGGUGCCCAAGAUAAACUCCAUGAACUGAUGUCCCAACUCCAGAAUCCUAAAGAUUUUCUGCAGUUAUUUGAAAAAAACAUGAUUCCAGAGAGGAUUAUGGAGUUCCAACAUAUCAUCCCAAUAUCUGCAGUUACCAGAGAAGGAAUUGAAGAAUUAAAGAAUUGUAUAAGAAAAUCACUGGAUGAACAAGACAGCCAGGAAAAGAGUGCAUACCAUAAGAAUCAGUUGCUUAACUUAAGAAAUGCAAUAUCUUAUAGUGAGCCACCAUCAAGGCAUGCCAUUCCUAGUUCCUGAAUGGAUAUAAUUUAAACCUAUUAAAAAUGAUAGGAAUUUCUUUGGGUCAGUUUCAAAGUUUUACAUAGACAUGUAAGUACUUUUUGAGUUUUAUUACUAAUAUUUUGGUACAUGCACCAUCAAAGAUACCUUUUAACCUAUUCUUUUGUAGUUAAGGGAAUCAAGAGAAAAAUAAAAAUGAUAGUAUGUAAAUUUUUUAUCAGUCUACCCGUUAAGUACCUGGAGUAACAUCAUCCUCUGGCAUUCCUUUAUUUAUGAUGUCUCUAUUGAGAUCAUUUUUAAAAAUUAUAUAAAAGAUUUCCAUAUAAUAUUGUUAGGAUCGGCAACUAGAUUUUGUUUUGUUUUUACAGUCUAUCAUGUACGUGGUUGCUCUAAAUAUAUAAUAGUUCUGGUUGUUUGUUUUUAAAAAAGAAAAAAAAACUUUUCAAAACCUUAAACUGGAAUCUAUAUUCAGCAAUGAUCAAGAUCACAAAUAUUUAACAAAAACCAACAGUUAUACAUAUUUGUGAUUUAAGCUUUUGAUAAUUUUUCUUUCUCAAAAUUAAGAGUAUUUUUUUCUAGCUUUGGGAAAUGUCCUAGUUUGUUUCAUUAUCCAGUUUCACAAUUUAGUAAAGAGAGAAUAAGUGCAAACUUUAAACAAUAUUAUCAAUCAUUAAUAUAUUCUUUUUCCCCCAUAUUUUUGGUUACAGCAUUAUUGAGAUACAAUUCAUAUACCAUAAAUUCAUUAAAUUUGGGAAGAUUUUGACAAUUAUUUCUUUAAAUACAUUUUUGCUCCUUUUUUCUUAUUUCUUUCUGGCAUUCCCACUACGUAUUAUGUACAUAAUACUAUAUAUUCUAUAUUAUGUAAACAUAAUGGUGUCCCACAUCUCUCUGUUCUUUUUUUUUUCUCUCUUUUCUUUAGAUUGUAUAAUCUCUAUUCAUCGCUAUUCAUCUGUCUUCAAGUUUGCCAAUUCUUUCUUCUGCUGUUUCAAAUCUGCUGUUGAGCAGAUUUUUCAUUUCAAUUAUUGUACUUUUCAACUCCAGAAUGUCUAUUUGGUUCUUUUUAUAAUUUCUAUCUUUUAAUUAUUAUUCUCUAUUGGAUGAGACAUUGUUAAGGUACCUUCCUUAACUUCUCUGUGCAUAGCUUACUUUAGUUCUUUGAACAUAUUUAUGUUGGCUACUUUGAAGUCUUUGUUAAAUCUAACCUUUGAUCACUUUCACUGGCAGCUUCUGUUGCUUGCUUUUAUUCUUGUGUAUGGGUCACACUUUCCUGUUUUUUCACAUCUUACAAUUUGUUGUUGGAAACUGGACAUUUUAGAUAAUAUACUGUUGCAACUUUGGCUACUGGUCCUUUCCACUCUCCAGCACUAGUCAUUGUUUGUUUAUUUUUUUAGUGACUCACUGGAUUCUUUAAGUGAAGUCUAUUUUCCCUCCAUAGUUUGAAGCCUCUGAUGUUGCUCCUUGGCUAGUGUAGCCCUGGACAAACACACAGUCACUCUUGGAUAACAGUGAUUGAUCAGAGCUCUCUUUGUCUCUUUUCCUGACCACACCCAGUUGAUUAGCUUCACUAAUGGCUGGCUGAUUGUUCUGUUGUUUUCCAAUGCCAUUGGACACAACUUGUGCUGCAGGAUUAUCCAAUUAAAUUUGGACUCAUUUGCAGGGAUAAUUUUUGUGUUCAGUAUUUGAGGUUCUCACCCCAGGGAAGCUCUUCUGAGCUGCCUCUUUCCCUGAUUUCUCUGGUAAACUAGAUGGUUUAUGGUUUAGCUUAUAUCGUUAAUGAAUCUAUGAAUCAUCUUAAUUGCUUUUCACCACACCCUCUAUUGUUUUUGUGAGCACCUUUAGGGUUGUACUUUCCUAUAUUCUUACAAAUAAAAUCACUUUGGGAAGAGAUUUGGAGCUGUCCAUUUUAUGGGCUGCUUCUCACACUGGGCAAAAUCUCUGAGCCCAUGCUUCAAGUGGAGGUAGCAGGGUAAGGAUACAAUGGCAUGCUUCACUCUGAGUGAUCCCCCUGCUGUAGAAGCUGCGGUCUUGGUAGGGAAGGAAGAUAGCCCCUGAUCUUCUCAGCUUGCUUCUCUUGUUGGGAAACUACCACCUUAUGAAGGAGUCAGAGCAAGGGUGUUAAAGGCCCCAAUAUUCUCAGGGCAUCACAUCCAAGGGUAGGGUUGGGGGAUAGAAGGGAGCCUUCACUUCUUGGCUAUGCUUACUAGGAAUUUAGCCUCUGCAACAGGUACCUGGAGAUAGGAUGUGAAAUGCUGAUAUACUACCUCCUGGGUCUACAUCAUGGCCCAAGAUGAGAGCUGAGGGGAGAGGAUGCCCCAUUUUCAUGGUACAUUGGCCUGAAGUAGAGUUUCUGUUACACUGAGUUGGGGUGGGGGGAGGGAGUGGGUUGUGGUUAAAUGCCACAGACUGGCUACUCUCACUGAGUUUUAGUAGAUUUCCUUGAAUGAAUUUAUGCUGUAUACUGUAUAUCUAGGGAUUUUUUUUUUUUAAUUUUCACUUUUGCUUGGGAGUGAAUCCGCUGAGCUCCUCAUCUUGCUUUUCUGAAAGUGAAACUCUGUAUAAUCUUGAGAGAUUAAAAUGUCUAAAUUUCUACAUUUUUGCCUGAGUGUUGCAAAAAUACUUACAAAUUGGAUAUUUUCCCUUUGAGUUUUAUUAUGAAAUAUAUAUGUUCAUUGUACAAAAAUUCAAAUGUAUAAAAUAAAAUAAAAGUUUUCCUCUUUCUGUGUUAGGCCCCCAGUCCUACUUCCCAGAGGAUAUCAAUGUUGAUAGCUUAUGUUCUUGCAGAAGUUUUUUUAUGCAUUUUUUUUACCCAAAUGAGUUUAUUAUAUAAAUCUUUUCCAACUUUAUUUUUCUUACAUAGUAGUAGCAAGCUAAAAGACAUUUAAAAAGUAUUCUUCAAUGCUACUUUUAAAUUAUUAUAAAUUAUUUUGGAAUUUAAUGCUUACUAAGUCCUUUACAUAUGGCUAUUCAUCCUUUCAUAAGCAUUAAAUAAAAUGAUUUCAGUAAUAUUCUGGACUUAAAUUUCUUCUGAUUUCACAAUAUGAGUUACUUUUUACAAGCAUUAUUUCACUUUCAUUUGUUCUGUUUUCUGUUCCCAAUUCCCAUUCCAGUCUCUAGAUCACUGUCCUUGCAUUUCCUUUUUCUUCAUUGCACAGUAUUUAUUGAUUGUUUCCCAUGUGCCGGGCACUGUGCAGAGUGCUGCAUGUAUGGUGUUGAAGAGAACAGAUAGGACCCACUGCCUUCAUGUAUCUUACAUUCUACAGCAAAAACCGCAGGGGAUUAGAAUAGCCUGGUUCCAUUUUACAACAAAGGACGACGGCGGGGGAACAGGGAUUGGGAUUUGGACAUCUGUACUGAUCAAUGUGACCAUGUUUCAUAUUGAAUAUGUUUUAUGUUUGUAACUUUCAAUGUCAUUUCCCUGUUACCUAAAUCUAAACAACUGGCAAUGUUAGGACAAUUACAUUAGGUGAAUUUAAAAAGUUACAACGCACCAUAAUCUUAUUUUGUGCUGUGGCAAAGAUAGUAGAUGUGCACACCAUGUGCAUUGAGAAUGAAGAAGAAUUGUACCAUAUUUGCUCAGUCAAUAAUGCCCAGGAUACUACUCCCAACAAAAUGAAGCAUUUUGUUAUGUGACUCACCAAAAUGUUCUUAUUAGCAUUUUCUAGGUACUGAAAGUGCACUCUAUGUACCUUCUUCUGACAGUUGAUUUUUAUUUUAAACAA